AUCCUUUUAUUCAUAAUAAACCAUAAUCUCUACACCAACCCUUCUGAAAAAUCUUUCUAACCGAUCCCAUCAAUCACCAUGAAGAUUAUGCAAACAAUCUUCUUGGUAGCCAUCACCAUCACCAUUACCUCCACCAUCACCACCACCUCCCCAACAUCUCCGGCAACCACAAGGCCCAUUAGCCGGUUCCUUGCGGACCAACAACCAAACCCUAGAGCCGCAGAUCACUGCAACAAAGACGAUGAGAUUUGUUAUGUUUUGGAAGGUAAAAACUCGACUUGUUGUAACAACAAGUGCAUGGAUUUGAGUGAGGAUAAACAUAACUGUGGAGCCUGCAAGAAGAAGUGCAAGUUUACGAACUCGUGUUGCGAUGGAGGGUGUGUGAAUUUGGCUUAUGAUAAGAGGCAUUGUGGGUCGUGUGGAAACAAGUGCAUGCCUGGUGGUUAUUGCAUAUAUGGUCUCUGCAACUAUGCUUAAUUGGUUAAGUUCAUAUUAUUCUUCGAUCUGGAUAUUGUUUCGGUCUCUAAUUAAUUCAUGCAUGUUUGUAUUAAUAAUUAUUAAUGUUAAAUUCUCACGCUUAACAUGAAAAGUGUUGUUUAUUCUUACUUUAUACUUGUAAUAAAUUUUGUAAUUUUGCUCA